UGAGCUUGUCGUAACGUCUAUAGAUAGCUUAAAUAAUGCCUAAAAAAUAUAUUACUUGUCUAUGUCUAUUGAUAUUAUUUGCAUCUGGCAACUUCAUCUAGUCUCCAUCUUUUUGUCACGAUGCCUCCUAAGAAGCAACCAGAGAAAUCCGGAUCUUCCGGGUCCAAGCCCGCAGAGAAAAAGCCUGCAACGGCUAAAACACCCGCCGCAGCUCCAAAAGCUGCAACUGCGACUAGUAGUGCCCCGAAGCCUGCGACCGCUAAAACUCCCGCUCCUGCACCUAAAACAGCAGCACCUAAAGCUGCGCCCGCGGCGAAGCCUGCAGCAGCCAAACCUGCUUCAGCUCCAGCAGCAAAGCCGGCUGAAAAGAAACCAGCAACAGCUGCACCCACUGCAAAACCUGGUUCAGCUAAAGCGGCUGCAUUGAAAGCCAAGUCUAGUGCAAAGCCCUCAGUCAAAAAGGCAGCAGCUGCAUCGAAACCAUCCAAGCCAAAACCAGCAGCAGCCAAAUUGAAAAUUGCACCUAAGCCCAAGAAAACAGGAAUCAAGGGACAAAAGAAAGUAGUGAAGCCAGUUGUUAAGGCACUCAAAACUCAAAGGAAGGUUGUCAAAGGAGAACAUGGAAAGCGUGUACGUAAGAUUCGCACAUCUGUGCACUUCCGUAGGCCCAAAACGUUUGAGCCUCCAAGAAAUCCUAAAUACCCCAGGAAAUCUCUGCCCAAGAGGAAUCGUAUGGAUGCUUACAACAUCAUUAAAUUCCCCUUGACCUCUGAAGCAGCGAUGAAGAAGAUUGAGGACAACAAUACCUUGGUAUUCAUUGUUCACACAAGCUCUAACAAGCACCACAUCAAGGCUGCAGUCAAGAAGCUGUAUGACAUCAAUGUUGCUAAAGUGAACACUCUGAUCAGACCCGAUGGCAAGAAGAAGGCAUACGUAAGACUCGCAAGAGACUAUGAUGCGUUAGAUGUUGCCAAUAAGAUUGGAAUCAUAUAAACAUUGUACAAUAUUUUCUAAGAAUACAAAAUUUUAAAACUUGGAA